CACCACAAACGUAUGGAGAAAGACCUGACGGAGCUACAGACGCUCAUUGAGGCUCACUUUGAGAGCAGAAAGAAAGACGAAGAGGAGUUGAUCAACAUCACCCAGUGGAUUGAGAACCGGAGGGGGGAACGAGCGGAGCAGCACCGGACCCGCACAGAGCGCGAGAAAGAACGACAAAACAAACUAGCCGAGGAAAAGGCACGAAAAGAGGAGGAAGAGGCCAAGAGGAAGGCUGAUGAUGACGCUAAGAAGAAGAAGGUUCUCACGAGCUUCCAGUGCACGGGAUUCAUGCAGAGGACAGACAAGAGGGGUGGGCCUAAGAAGCAAACAGAGAGGGAGAAGAAAAAAACAAUUCUUAGUGAACGCCGUAAAGAACUGAACGUCGAAAACCUGAGUGCCGAUAAACUGAGAGAAACCGUGAACAAACUCUGGAAGUCGAUGCGCCAACUUGAAGCCGAGAAGUUCGAGCUGCAAUACAGAUACAUGUGCCAGAAAUACGAGAUCACCAUCCUUAGGAACCGUGUCAGCGACCAUCAGAAAAAUACCAAAGGCUCGAGGAGUAAGAGAGGACUACGAAAAUAAAGCAGCUUCACAAAGACACCAGCAACUUCCACCACACUGAUAUUUUAAUCAUAAAUAAUAUGCUUUAAUAUAAUCAUCUACAUUCUGGUCCUCGUAUAAUGUUUUUUGAAGCGCUGCAAAGAAUAAAAACAGCCAUCUGAUUGAAAUAUGAAACACUGAAGUUGGUUUUAAAGUGACUAAUAAAUGUAAUUUGAAAUUAAUUACUCUUUUCAGUGUUAAUUAUAUGCAUGUCAUCAUGUGGAAAGUUCCAUGAUUUGUAUAGCGGUCAUUUAUGAUUGUAUUAUCUUGUCGAUUUAAUGUUAAUGAAUCAUAAUACAUGAAGUGAAAGGAGAUAGAACUGAAAUCUAAAAGCGUUGCAUGCAU